CCGGUAACUACAGUUCUCUCACGUUCAAAUUUAAACUGCGCAGAGAAAUUGGUUACUACAUCAUGGACUACUUCUUGCCAUCCAUAUUUCUCGUAAUUACAUCCUGGGUUACGUUUUGGUUACAAGCCGAUGCCAGCGCACCUAGAGCUGUUUUAGGAACAUCUACCAUGCUGUCGUUUAUAACACUUAACGGUGGCCUAACCAAGAACCUGCCAAAAGUGAGUUACAUCAAAGCCAGCGAGAUAUGGUUCUUAGGCUGUUCCACAUUUAUAUUUUGCUCGAUGGCGGAGUUCGCUUUUGUCAACGUCAUCUGGAGGAGAAGAAAACAAGUUGAAUUGAAAAAAGCAAGCAGUAAGUACAUAUUAAGGGGCGCUGUAACGCCUAGUUUGAACAGAAAGCAACUGAGAAGAUCCGAAUCGUACAACAGCCUGUACAAAACCCGUUCCUGUUCCAGUCUCGAUGAAAAAGAUCACAAUGUGAAUCAGAUCAGCCAGAAUAACUAUCUCACUGUACAUACAUUUCCAACUGAUAUGCCGUCCAUUCCUAUUAUUCAAACUCCACCCAACAGCCAGGACGAACUGAUUAACAUAGAAGACAACAACGUCACUAGUAUCCCCGUUCCAGACAAGUCAACUAACGGGAAAAACGUUACUUGGACUACUAUGUCCCCUCACGAGGUGGCGAACUGGAUCGACAAAAAAUCCAGAAUAGCUUUUCCAGCAGCGUUUUUAAUAUUCAAUUUGUUUUACUGGUCGUUUGUGUAUGCCUUGUGAGAGAAAUAAGUAUGUAAAUUUUAGAUAUUCUUGAAUUAUACUUGCUUAUAUUAUAUGUUGCCGACCUGGACACAGGAAAUCCCAUGUAAAUUUUAAAAAUGAUGAAUAAGUUUUCCCCACAGAAAAAUGUAUUUGAAACUUUUUAUUGUUCAUUUUGAAUGAUUUAUACGAAUUCGUUCUUGUCUUGAAUGACAUUCAUAUGAAUUCGUCAAAACCAGGCAAAUGCCAACGUGAUGCCAACCUACCUUAAGUUGUCAUCCUAUAAUUUUGUCAAUGUCAAACUGUAUUUUCUAAAGGUUAGGCUUUUGCCUGAUUCGACCGGUUUUAAAUUACACAAAUACAUUUCGGGAACACUAAGCGUAAGUAAUGUACUUAUAUUCUUAAAUAUAUUUUGUAUUUAGGUCAUUUAUGACCCAAACAACUCAUUUUGAGUGAAAUUAAAAAAACU